AAAAUUAAAGCAUCACUACCAUCACCACCACCACCGCGCUUGCUCUUCUUCCUCCCCCGUUUUCCCCAAGGCGCAAACCACCACGAAAGCCCCCGAAUCCGCAGCGCGAAUUUCAAAGCAGCCUCCCCCCCAACCUCCGAUCUCCCGCUCCCUCGCUCUCUCUCUCUCUCUCUCGCGCGCGCGCGCGCCAUCUAGGGUUAGGGUUUCGAGAGGAUCCCGCUGCUUGCGAGUCCCGACCAUGAGGGUGCACCCGGCGCCGCGGAAGCGCACCAUCGCCGUGCAGCGGCGGUGCGGGGUGGCCGCGGCGGCGGCGGGGAUGGCCGGCGGGAAGAAGCUGAGGCGGCUCCCGCACAUCUUCGCCAAGGUGCUCGAGCUCCCGUUCGCCGCGGACGCCGACGUCUCCGUGGAGGAGGACGCCGCGGCGCUCCGGUUCGUGGCCGCGGCGGACGGGUUCACCCCGUCCGGCGGCGCCAGCGCCCACGCCGUCGAGAUCCACCCGGGGGUCACCAAGGUUGUCGUGCGGGACCUCUCCGCCGGGCUCGACGGCGACGACGGCGCCGUGUUCGAGCUCGAUCGGUGGCGGUUCCGCCUCCCCCCGUGCACGCUCCCCGCCAUGGCCACCGCCACCUACGCCGACGGCGAGCUCGUCGUCACCGUCCCCAAGGGCGCCGCCCCUGACGACGACGGCGAUGGCGCCGCCGCCGCCGUGCUUGGAGGCUCCGGCGUCGUCGAGAGCGUCCUGCUGCUUGUAUAGUAUACUUGAGCACCAGUAAUUUCCACUGUUUUUGCUCACUCUUGCAUGUUUUUAAUAUUUGUAUGGUAAUAACAUAUGGCAGUAAGGGUAACAAAUAAUGUAUAUGAAUCACUAUUUGCUCUGAAUUUGCUCUGGCUACAGCUACAUCUGAUCUUGCAGUUCAUCUUGCUAGUCUUGUCUGAGUUGGAGUCAACUGCGAAAAAAUUAGUUUCAGUAUGAUGAUGCUACAUAUGUAGUAUUAGUUGGAACAGUUGGUUUGUAGAUUGAGGAUGAAGUAGUAGUAUACAAGCAUGUGUAGUUCAACUAGCUGAGUAUGGUGAUAUUUGAAUGCGAGUGGUUAUAUCUGAGUAUGUUGAUCUUGUCACGUUAGAAAUCAAAAUGAUCUGCUUGAUCAGAAGGUCUGAUGAGAGAUGAGAAGUCAAUGGUUGUGUACACUGGAAGUGAGCGUGUCCUCGAUCUCGUAUCACUUGAUGAGAUGUAUUAAUGCUUUCAGUGUCUUUAACUGUAGUUACCUGCCACAUUCAGUUAGCAUGUCCAUCUAUUGUGUUAAAUCAAUGAAAAUUGUGUCGCGUUUGGAGGUUAAGAGGUCACGGUUUGAUUCAAUCAGGUUUUCGUUUUCAUGUUGUAUGUCUUUAUCUUAAGCCGGUCACAGUCUUAUUAUGUAUGUGUUGUUUAUUUUGGAUUGCUGAUACCUAUCAAGCAAUCGCUUCAAAGACCAUAUGCAGUUUAAUCUAAUAUAUCACAGCAGGAAUAUGCUUGUGUUUCAUAUAAAAAUAAUGCAAUAAUUGCAUCCUCUAGACUAGUAGAGUGUACCCUAUCACUUGCUGGGCAUAAUAUAGUCCUAGAUUUUGUUAUCAACUUUAUUCUAGUUUUAUUCCGAUAUAUUCACUCCCUUUUCAUCUUAUCUUUUGCUUCCACAAGAUGCUCCAUUUGCUUGUCAAACUAGCUAAACUUCUAGUGGGGUGUUACCUGAAAGACUAUAGGCAGAAUGUGAUACCUUGAUUCUUUUCCCCUAAAAUUUGAGGACCUAAGGGUGCCAACUUGCAAGCUGAAAAUUGGUAUCGGACGGGUUGUGAUUUUUACCUUUUCCAUAUUUACCAUGUGCAAGUUUAGCAAUUUCUAGCCUGAUGUUAGUGACACGGAGGAUGUGUACGGUGCUAGGUUGAUGUUGAAGUUCUAGGUUCCUAGAUCAAUCAUUUUCUUGAAUUUAAAUAGUUGUACAGGGAGAAUGAACAAUCCGCAUCUGUUGUGUACCCAUGUUUUUUUUAAAAGUUCUAACUAGGACGGUGGUGGUGGGUAGUGUAGCUAAAGCCAGUUGGCUCUGAAUUUUCUUUCUUGCCCAUGAACUGUGUCUUGUAAAUGUGUUGCAACAGAUUUUCUUUUCUUUUCUUCAUCUUUACUUCAUUGCUGUCCAUUCUUUUGUGCAGCUGUAGAAGUAUGUGUAAAGAUGGUGGUGAGAUUGUGACAUUUCGAGCUUUUCUGAACAGAAAUGAAGGUCUAGGAUCGCUCUCCUUUCUCUUUUUCCCCUAGCGAAAGUGAGACAAUGUCUGGAUAUCUUUACUUCUUUUUCCUCGUUGGCCCUAAACGAGUGCUGAUAUUUCUCAUUUGCAUAAACUAGAGACUAUGAGAAGAGUAACUAUGUCCUCUUGUGAGAAGAAAGUGAUUGAUUCUAUUUUAUUUGAGUCA